UUUAAAUAAGCAAUGGAUUUUUAGGGGGCCGGAACCGAGUUUCCAGCUGUUUGCCGUCAGUGGGAACAGAUACCCCAUAAGAGAUUACUUAAUUCGAGAAACUGAAAACACAUUCCACAUAAAGAGCGAUUGACUACAGUGAAGACCAUGCCGGAGGACAAGGACUUUAACCGGGAAGAGAAGGCAGCUGUGGAAACCGCCUUCAAACAGCCCACUAGGGAUGUGGACAUCUAUCGCGACACUUUCAUUCGCUAUAUGGGCUACAGCAACGAGAUCGGCGAGUCCUUCCGCCCACUGGUGCCCAAAUCCUUUGUGGCUGCAUCCUAUGGCAUGGCCAUCGGUUAUGUCUGCACCGACACCUUCGAUAAGGCGCUGCGCCUCCAAAUGGACGGGGCAUCCUCCAGAGAGGUGGCCAUCAAGGGCGGCGACGUCUUCGGCUGGCAGAUGCUGGCCUCCGUGGCCAUUCCCGGUCUGGUCAUCAAUAGGAUCACCUGGGCUACCAAAACACUGCUCAGUCGAGCUCCGGUGGCCGUGCUGAAGACGGUUCCCACUCUGGUGGGCCUGGCCAGCAUCCCACUGAUCAUUCACCCGAUCGACACCAUGGUGGACCGCCUGAUGGACGCCACCUACCGCAAGACGGUAAGGUAGUGAACGCUGCGAUCCUUCUACUACCCCCAUUCGUAUUCGUAUAUUCUACUCCCCGGUGAUAGUUCAUAGAUGCUAAGAGUUCGUAUUAACUGUUGCAAAGCUUUAAACCCCAAAAUCCAGUCUUGACGAGUAUUUCUAACUAUA